GCCUCGCUUUCCUGUUAACGCCUUCCAUUAGCUUGUUUCGGUUUUGUGUCCUCCUGUUUGGUGGUGCAUACAGAUCCUCAGCGACUCGCUCUUGUUUUGCAGCGUCAUCCAGCAACUCAAACCCAUUCUCAGACAUGUCACCCAGGGUUGCCGUGGUAACGGGCGGAAACAAGGGCAUCGGUCUGGCCAUCGUCCGAGCGCUAUGCAAGCAGUUCGAAGGGGAUGUUUACCUCACUGCCAGAGAUGUUGAUCGAGGUCAGGCGGCUGUGGAGUCUCUGGCCUCAGAAGGUCUGAAGGCUUUGCUUCACCAGCUGGACAUCAAUGACAUAAACAGCAUCAUCAGUGCUGCUGCUUUCUUCAAAGAGAAGUAUGGAGGUGUGGAUGUCCUCAUUAAUAAUGCAGCGAUCGCAUUCAAAGUGGCAGACACAACUCCAUUCGCUGUCCAGGCAGAGGUGACCCUCAAGACUAAUUUCUUUGCCACCAGAGACAUGUUGACCCACUUCAUGCCGCUCAUAAAAGCUGGAGGUCGUGUGGUAAACGUCUCAAGCUUUGUCGGCUGCCGUACUGUGAACCAGUUCAGCCAGGCUCUCAAGCAGCGUUUCCGGAGCGAGGAUAUCACGGAGGACGAGCUGGUGGGACUGAUGCAGAGAUUUGUUGACGGGGCCAAAAAAGACAAACACAAGGAAGACGGCUGGGCUGAUACGGCGUACGGCGUGUCUAAAGCUGGACUGACGACGCUGUCUUACAUCCUGGCUCGUCGUCUGUCUAAAGAGAGACCAAACGACGGGAUCUUGCUGAAUGCCUGCUGUCCAGGAUGGGUGCGCACCGACAUGGCUGGUCCAAAAGCCCCCAAGUCACCAGACGAGGGCGCUGAGACUCCGGUUUACCUGGCCCUGCUGCCACCUGGAGCCACAGAGCCUCACGGAAAGUUUGUCUCUGAGAAACAAGUUCAGCCUUGGUGAAAUGUUACAGUCAGAUGAAUACGUGAUGAAGUUACAAACCAUGGCAGUUUUAAGGAGUGAGUUUACCACUUGCUUAUGUAAUCCAAAAUUAUUCAAAUUAGUCAAGGAAACACUAACGUGGUAUUGUGUGUUUGCUCCUGCUGGUUUAAAUACAGCAUUGUGUAAAUGAAUAUAGGAAGCAUCAACUAAGUGCAUUUUUUUUAAAGUUUCACUUUGCCUUCUGUAUUUGUUACAUUUUUUUUAUGCUUUACAUGAAAGAGGUCAACUAGCCUUAACUCAAAAAAGGUAACUGCUCUGAAAUCAAUAAACUUUUUUUCUGCA